AUGGGUUUCGGAAAGAUCAUCGGUAUCACAGUCGUCGGCGUUGGCAUCAUCGGAGCCGUCGGCUUCAUGGUCCUCAAAUCACCGAUCGGACAGCAGUUCACUGGACAGUCCAACAGCAUGGAGCCGAUCGGAACCCCAGUCCGCAUCGAAGCCGCCUCGCUCGGAGACCUCCAACGAACCGUCUCCGCGCCCGGCUCGAUUGAACCACGCACCCUUGUCAAAAUCUCCUCGCAAGUCUCCGCAAAGGUCCUUGCGCUCCCAUUCCGCGAAGGUGAUCUUGUCCAAGAAGGCGAUGUCGUCGUCCGACUCGACCCCCAGAACCUCGUCGCCGCGCUCGACAGUGCCAAAGCAGGACUCAAACAACAAGAAGCCUCGCUCCUCGGCGCCGAAGCAUCACUUAUCAACGCACGCCUCCAGUUCGAGCGACUGCAAUCGCUCCACGAGACCGGAGACGCAACCAAAGCCGAACUCGACGGCGCCGAAGCACAGUUCCUCAACGCGCAGUCCAACAAAGCCGUAAUCGAAGCAUCCAUCGACCAAGCCAAGGCACGAAUCGAACAAGCCGAGAAAGACCUCGAAAACACCAACAUCACCUCGUCGAUCACCGGCCUCGUGAUCUCCCUCUCAACUGAAGUCGGAGAAACCGUCAUCGUCGGAACCACCAACAACCCAGGUUCCGUCAUCAUGGAGAUCGCGGACCUCUCCGAGAUGCUCCUCAAAGCCGCCGUGGACGAAGCGAACAUCGCGCCAGUCGAAGUCGGACAAGACACCACGAUCUACAUCAACGCGUACACCGAUCGUACCUACACCGGAACUGUAUCCAACAUCGCGCGCAAGCGUCAAGUCGCUUCCGACGGCACCGGAACCUUCGAAGUCGAGAUCCCCAUCGAUCUCGAAGAAGGCGAAACCCUCUACACCGGACUCACCGCAUCCACCGACAUCGCCGUCGAGCACUUCUAUGACGCGAUCCUCGUCCCAUCCCAAGCCGUGCUCGAUCGACGCAUCGAAGAUCUCCCGCAAGAUGUCGUUGAAGGUAACGAGCAGAUCGACCCCAACAAGACCUUCGCCCGCGUCGUCUACAAAGUCGUGGACGGCAAAGCAAUCGCGACCCCAGUCAUCGUCGGCGCCUCGGACCUCACCAGCUCCGUCGUGACCGAAGGACUUGAAGAAGGCGACCAGAUUAUCGUCGGUCCAUACCGCGUCCUCGUCACACUCCGCCACGACAUGAAUGUCCGCGACAUGAACGCCGAGACGGAAGAAGUUGACGCGGACAGCCCAGACUCAGACAACAACAGUGAAGAUUCCGAAUCUGAUGACGACCAAUCCGAAGAUACAACGGAUUCAGAAAACCAAGAGGACACCAACCCAAACCGCCCGGUCAUCCAGAUCCGUCGGCUCAAAAAGUACUACAAAGUUGGUGAAGAAGUCGUCCGCGCACUCGACGGCGUAGACCUCGACAUCCAUAACAACGAGUUCGUCGCAAUCAUGGGCGCCUCCGGAUCAGGGAAGUCCACGCUCAUGAACAUCCUCGGAUGUCUCGACAAACCAACCAACGGGGCGUAUGUCCUCAACAACAAACCCACCCACAAGCUCGGCAUGUCCGCGCUAGCCCGCGUCCGCAACGAAGAAAUCGGAUUCAUCUUUCAAACCUUCGAACUCCUGAAUCGUGCCUCAGCACUCCGCAAUGUCAUGCUUCCGAUGCUCUACUCCUCGCGCCACAUCUUCAGCGCCAGGAAACGCGCCAAGAACGCACUCAAACGCGUUUCCCUCGACGACCGCAUGACCCACCGACCCAACCAACUCUCAGGUGGUCAGCGCCAGCGCGUCGCGAUCGCUCGCGCCCUCGUCAAUGAUCCAUCGAUCCUCCUUGCCGACGAACCUACCGGAAACCUCGAUUCCAAAACAACAGUCGAGAUCAUCGAGCUGUUCAAAGAACUCCACAACGCCGGACAAACAAUCAUCGUCGUGACCCACGAAGAAGAUGUCGCCGGACACGCCGAUCGCAUCGUGCGUCUGCGCGAUGGACGCAUCAUCUCCGAUCACCCAACCGAGUCCGAUCCGAUCCACCAAGACUGGGUCGACCGCAUGGCAUCCGGCCGUGGUUCUCUCGCCGAGGUCACCCAAGCCGAACGCGAACUCAACCACAUCGCCGACCAAAAACGCCAAGUCAUGACCAUCAUCCUCUCGCCCAUCGCACUCAUCGUCCGCUUCCUCUGGCAAACCGUCUUCCUCGCGCUCGCGCAGGUCUGGGCAAACAAAACCCGCUCCAUGCUCACCGCGCUCGGCAUCAUCAUCGGCGUCUGGGCCGUCAUCUCCGUCAUGUCCGGUCUCAACGGCAUGCGCGGAUUCGUCCUCGCUGAGUUCGAAAAAUUCGGCGCUCGCAAAAUGUGGGUCUGGGGUGAAGUCCCAGACAACAAACGAGCCGUCAUGUCGUGGACCGAUGUCAAGCUCUCGGUCUACGAAGCCAACCUCCUCCUCGACAAAGCACCAUCCAUCGAAGAACUUACCCCGAUCUGCAACAACUCCUGGCCCGUCACCGCGGAACAAAAACGACUCCCCUCAGUCCGAGUCACCGGGAUCUGGCCCGAAUGGCACGGCAUCGAAGACCGACAAGUCCUCUUCGGACGCCCAUUCUCGCGCAUCGAUGAUUCCGAACGCCGACAAGUCUGCCUCAUCAACGAUCAAGGCAUCGAAGAACUCGGACUCGACACCGAUCCAACAGGUGAUUACAUCCUCAUCUCAGGACGACGCUUCCUGAUCAUCGGAGUCGUCGAAACCAAAGACGCCGGAGGAUUCGGAGGCGGACAAGCCCGAACCGAACUCUUCAUUCCAUUUGCAACACACAAAAUGAUGAACCCCUAUACCUGGACCAACUUCAUGGUCCAGAUGGUCUCCCCCGACGCAUCCGAAGACGCGCAAGCCGAGAUCCGAUUCAUCCUCCGAAACCACCGCGACCUCCAACCUGAGGACGAAGACACCUUCGGUAUGUUCGUGCUCCAAGACGAAAUCCAGCAGUUCAACGCCGUCGCCGGAGUAAUCGGCAUCAUCGCCGGAUCUGUCGUCGGGAUCUCCCUCGUCGUCGGAGGCAUCGGGAUCAUGAACAUCAUGCUCGUCUCCGUCUCCGAACGCACACGAGAGAUCGGACUCCGAAAAGCGAUGGGCGCCAAGCCCCCGAUCGUGCUCUGUCAGUUCCUCGUCGAAGCCGUCGUGCUCUGUAUUGUGGGUGGUCUCGUAGGACUCGUCCUCGCGAUCGUGACCGUCGCCGUCAUGGCCAACCUCCCACAACUCUCCGCGCUCGAGCACACCGAAAUAUCCAAGUUCGCCAUCGUCCUCGCGAUCGGGUUCUCCGCACUCGUUGGUGUGGUCUUCGGAAUGGGACCCGCCAUCAAAGCAUCACGACUCAACCCGAUUGAUGCGCUCCGCCACGAAUAA